AAAGCCUACUGAAUCGAAUAAAAAGCUCGCCUUUUUCCGUAUUUCCUCUGCUCUAUCUCAUCUCUUCCAGAGCUCUUCUUCUCCAUGGAAGGAGAUAGGGAUCAGUCCUCCUCGUCCUCGCCUCUAUAUUGGUCCCAGUCGCGGAAAGCUUCCUCCUUUUCUGCUCCUCCUCCUUCUUCGGGGAUACGGACAUGGGUUUUAGUUCUUCUGGUCUCCAUCUUCGUCAUUCUCUUUAUCCCAUCUUUUCGCUCUUCUAACCUCCUCGGUUUUCGUCCAAGCUUUGUGAAGAACGGAUGGGAUACGCUUAACCUAGCUCUCGUCGUCUUCGCCAUUCUGAUUGGUCUUCUCGGCCGCGAUGUAGCUUCGGGGAGCGGCGGUGGCGGGGAAUAUAAGGAAGAAGGAGACAAAAGUACGGUGACGUCGCCGCCACCUCUGACGAACUCGCAACAUCAAUGGGGCGCAAUCGGAUACGCUCCUGUUCCUGAGCAGAGCGUUUACGAGGCGAAUCAAACGGUCGGAAUCCGGCGGUUUAGGAGCAGCAGUUCAUACCCUGAUCUCCGGCAGGAGUUCAAUAAUGGGGACAAUUGGGCUAUGAGCAACAGUUGGCGGUUCUCCGACGAUAUCCAGCUGUACCGGCGUCGUCCGUCUGAUCUCUCCGAGUGGGAGAUCUCCGGUGAUCCGGGGGUUAAGACGAUCCAAGUCGACACUUUUGAGUUGAAGAAAAGCCCCUCGAAAUCUCCACCGCCACCUCCGCCGCCGCCGCCACCGCGACCACUAUUUCCACAGCCGACUCUGCCGAAUAGAAGAACGGUGAAAAAGUUACAACACACCCAGCCUGCAACUACGUCGCCUCCUCCGCCGCCACCUCCACCACCGCCGGUGUUUCCAGAACAGAGGAAGAAGAGCAACAAGAAGCGUUCUGGUGCCGCCGCAAAGGACAUUGCGACCGCCAUCGCGUUAUUCUAUACCAAGCAGAAGCGGAGGAGCAAGGCCAAAAAGAUCAACGACGAGGAUUCGCUAGCCUCUGCGUCGCUGUUGGGUCCCCCUCCUCCUCCUCCACCGCCGCCACCACCCCUGCCGUCAUCCUCCGUCUUCUCACAACUAUUCUCAACCAAAAAAGCGGGGAGUAAAAGCAGGAGAUUCAACUCUAUCUCCAACCAGCGAUUUCCACCGGCACCACCCCCUCCGUCGCCGCCGCCGCUUCCACCAAAGAAGGAACCAUCGCUCUUCUCCGACCACCGUCUCCCUUCACGGAAGAGGAGAGAAAAAAAACCGACUUAUAUCAACACAUACCCUAUCGCGCCGCCGUCCCCUCUCCCUCCGGCGCCACCGCCUCCGCCUCCAGCCUCCGAUGAAGACAGCAGCGACCAACAUUUCGCCGAUGGAGCAAAGGCGUCGCCUUUCUGUCCGAGCCCAGACGUGAACAAUAAAGCGGAUGUGUUCAUAAAGCAUUUCCGCGAUGGACUGAAGCUGGAGAAGCUCAACUCCAUCCGAGAGAAACAGCAACGGCGACAAGAUCAGCCGCAGGAAAUGCAACAGGAAGCUGGAAUAGAAAUGGAGAUGGAAAACCAGAUCAUGAAGAUGAUGAUGAUGGGAAUGGAGGAAGACAACUGGACAUUGAUUUAAUUUCUUUUUUUGGUUGUUGUUUUUUUCAAUUCGUUCAUUAUUUACAACGAUUUUCUGAUGUUUGCUGUGCCAGUGAUUACAUAAAAUUACUAAAUUUACUGUAAAUCAGACUGCCGCAUGGAG